AUGCCAAAGAAGGCCAGGUCCAAGAACUUAGCAAGGAGGAGGAAAUGUUCCGGAUCAAAAGAAGGUGGUGAACCAGCAAAAAAGAAGAAAAAAGAACCAGGUGUCCUGAGACCACCACAAGAAACGAAUCCAACCAUCCAUGAACAACCGCCGCUCGAAGAGCCAAGUGACCUAGCGACAACAGCAGUACAGGAUGAUGGUGCGCCUGUCAAUGAAUUGGAAUUUGAGGAUGUUGUCUUGGGAGAUAUUCCUCCAAAGGGUCUACUUGAUAAUCCCAAUAUCAGGUGUAAGCAAAUCGAAUCCAAGAGGAUCUGCAUCGAAUAUAUUUUCAUCAAUGUUCAUCACGCUCCUCCAAGGGAGAAAUGGUCUGGCAAAAACGGAGUUUCUGCUCAAAUCAAGAAAGCCCUAGCAAUUCCUGAAGGGAAGGCCGGAGGGAAAAGGGAUCUGGAUUUAGGAAAUGUUUGGUUCUGCAUCAUGAUGCCAAACCAGCAGCAAAGAUCAAGAUUGAAGAAGCAAGCAAGACUUGUGAGCAACAGAGGCUCCCAGUAG